AUGGGGGUGGGGUGCGAAUGGGUGGGUGGUAGUGUGGGGUGGUGGGGGGGGGGGGGGGGCAGAGGGGGGGGUGGGGUGGGGAUGUGGGGGGGUUGGGGGGUGGGGGUGGGGGGUAGGAUGGUGUGUGGGGGGGGGGUGGGGGGGAUAUGGGGUGUGUCGGGGGGGGGGGUGGGUGGGGGUGGAGGGGGGUUGGUGUGGGGUUUGGUGGGGGUGGGUUGGGUAGGGUGUGGGGGUGGGGCGGGGGAUGGGGGGGGGGGUGUGGAGGUGGGGGGGUGGGUGGGGGGGUUGGGGGGUUGGGGAGGGGGGGGGGUGUGGUUUGGGGGGGGGUGGGGGGGGGAGGGGGUGGUGGUGUGGGGGUGGUGGGAUGGGGAGUGGUGGGGUGGGGGUUGUGGUGGAGGGGGUGUUGUGGGAUGGGUGGGGGGCGGUGGGGUGGAGGGAGUGGGGGGGGGGGGGGUGUGGGGUGGGGGGGGGGGGGGGGUGGGUGUGGGUUGGGAGGGGGUGGGGGGGGCGGUGGAGGGGUUGGGGGGGGGGGAGGGUGUGGGGUGGGGGGGGGGGGGGGGGGGGGGGGGAUGGGGUGGGGGGCGUGGGGUGGGGGGGGUAGGGGGGGGGGGGGUGGGCGUGGGGGGUAGUGGGGUGGGGUGGCGGUGGGUGGGUGGUGGGUGGUGGGAGCGGGUUGGGUGGUGA